UGAAUAGACGCGACUUGCGCUGCUGUCAAGAGUCAGCAGUCCGAGAUGUGCACGAGCUACAAGAUCGCCUCGCAUUCAGCCGCCACGAGCCACAGUAUUGUCCGCUUUUUGAAGGCUGUCCCUGCCCGACGAGCGCAGAGCGACAAUCAUCCUGAAUGCGAGGCCCAAUCUUGCCCGAUUCUGACUUUGGCCUGUCCUUGUUCGCGCGCCCGCCCCGCGUCCGGGCUGAUAGCAAGAUAAAGUGGAGGCCGCGGACUUGGACCGGACCUGCCUGCAGGGAUAAGAAUCCUGGGGCAAGCCCGGCUGCUCUCUUCAUCACCAUCACUCCCUGACCGACACACAGCCCAGCCCAGCCCAGCACAGCACAGUACACGCAACGCAAUGUCCGACCUCAAGCGACCACACAUCGACGAGCAGGGCCGCUGGCACUUUUUCGACGGCGAUCUCAUUGCAUGGAAGGUGUCCAACGACGGCAAGUCGUUCACCUCGGGCCAGAUCUUCAAAAAGGGAUCGCCCCACUCGGGCGUGGGCCCAAAGAGCACGGCCACGCCUCCCUACCACACGCACCUGUACCAGACAGAGACAUUUGACGUCAAGAGCGGCGUCCUGUGCUACAAGAUCGACGGCAAGCUCGGCAAGCUCAAGCCAGGCCAGACAGCCGUCAUCCCUCCGCACCGGCCUCACACUUUCUGGUGCGACCCAGAAUCGGGCCAGGACCUCGAGGUAUACAUCACUGUGCGCGGCGGCGACAAUGCCGGCUUCGACGAGGACUUCGUCCGCAAUUUCUACGGCUACCUCUCGUCGCGCACCAUGGCCGGCAAGGCGCCGAACCCGCUGCAGAUGCUCCGCUUCCUCGACGACGCAGACGUCAUCCUCGCAGACGUGCCCUUUGGCCUCGGCGGCUGGCUCAAUGUCAUCGUCGGCCGAUGGCUGGGAGGCUACCUCUUUGGCUACUCGCCGCGCUACAAGCUCUUCCAGGAGUAGUCAAUGCC